AUGUUUCCCAUAUUGAAUAUCUUAAGAGAGAUGCUGGAAUAUUUUGGUGUUCCUAUGGACCAGGUUUUGCAGAUUUGGGGAAAUAAAGGCUAUGGAUCGGCUCGGAGUAUCGUUCGUAUUAUUGGGAAAAUUCUUCCUUUAGAACCUUGUCGCAGGCCUGAUUUUGAGUUGAUCCCACUCUUGAACUCUGUAGACUCUGGUAACUGUGGAUCUGUAGUUCCAUCUUUUGCUGAUAUUUUGUGUGUGGCAAAUGAUGAAGAAGCCAGUUAUCUCAGAUUUCGAAAUGGAAUAUGGAAAAAUGAGGAAGAGGAGAAAAGUGAAUUUUUCCAUCCUUUGCAAUUAGUUUGGGAUCCACUGUCACCUGCUUUAAGACAUAACAAACCAAUGGAAAAUUCUCAGCCUGUAAGUGAAGCUGCAAUUAAAAAAAUAGCUGCCCUUGAAGAUGAACUAACUUUUCUUCGCUCUCAGAUUGCUGCAAUUGUGGAAAUGCAGGAACUGAAAAACAGUACAAAUUCUGGUUCCUUUGACUCGACUGAUGGGCUCGGUGGUUUGAGACAAAUGCCAUCAUCUGGGACUGCUCAGCUGAGUGUCAAACCAGAUCCAUUUUCAAGUUCAGUGCUACCUGCUCCUCCUCCUCCACCGCCACUGCCCCCUCAGUCUUCUCCUCUACAGCCUCCACGUCCUCCUCUUGUGCAGCCAGGAUACAGCACUACCUGUGACUCCGGUAAUUCAGCCACUGAAAUGAAAAAACAGCACCCAGCUGCUAGUAAGACCAAUUAUAGUCGUCAUUCAAAAAACCAGAAAAACAAAGAGGUUCCAAACAUGUUGGAUGUCCUAAAAGAUAUGAAUAAGAUUAAACUUCGUGCUAUUGAACGAUCCCCUGGAGGCAGACCCAUUCAUAAGAGGAAAAGACACAGUUCACAGUGGGACCCAGUGGCUUUAAUAUCCCAGGCACUCAGGCAGAAAUUUGCGUUCCAAGAUGACUCCUUUGAGAAAGAAAAUAGGUCUUGGGAGCCUUCUCCAUUUUCUAGUCCAGAAACGUCAAAGUUUUGA